UUUUCCAAGGAACCCAGUGGAGCUGCGGCGUUUACCCGUAUUCGAUCGCAGCACAAAACAUUCAAUCCACUCAACACAUACACGAACGACGUAUAUCUCGUGCCUUCUGCUUCUGCUUCUCGUCACCGUCGCCGUUGCCUUGCCGCGCCGUGCCCCGUCGUGGUUCUUGUAUCGUACUCGUCGUAGUCGUUGCUGCUUGCUGUAUGCUGUCGCUGUCGUCGUUCACGUUUGUUCGUUUCGUUCGUUCGUUGUUCGUUCGUCUUCUCCUCCGUUCCGUCAUCCGUCGUCGUCGUGUGGUGUGUGCGGGUACAAAAUGGCUGAACACCAACUGCGAUUGAAGUCGUCGUGAAGGAUUUUUCUCAUGUGUCACACACAAGUCAUAAUAGCUCCGCAUAGAAAAUUUAAAAAUUUUCUUUAAAAUUAUUCAUAAAUUCCCAAAUAACGGGAAAAUUCAAUCAAAUAUAAUUAAUCAAACAAAAGUGCAUGCAUUAUAUUAAUUAAAUUACUUUGGACCAAUCGCAAUCGCAUCAAAUCAAAACAACAAAGGUGAAUCUUUAACCAAAAAAAAAAUUAAAAUUUGUGAAAAUUGAAAUUCAGUUCAUCAUAUUUUUGAAAUUAAAAUUGUAAUUUUUAGCUGCUUGUUUUUCUUUUUUUGUCUCUUAUUUAAUAUUCUUAAGCAGUUAUUUGAGAAUUUGAAUUUCUUUUAUUAUUAUUUCCCUUCUCCCCUACUUCUUAAAAAAAAAAUAAAAUAAAAAUCUUAUUAAUAAAAAUUACAAAAUUUUGAAAAUAGUUUCAAAUUAUUUAAAAAAAAAAAAGUAAAAAAAAAUCUGCCCUGUUCUAAUUUUGUGUUUUACUUCUACGACCAACAAAAAGAAAGAAGAAAAAAGUCGCAAAAAAGAAAUAAAAAACUUGAACUUGUGCUUCCCUUGUUCAUCUUCAAGACUGCGCUGCGCUGCGGCGUGUGAAUGUGAAACGCAAAAAAUAAAAACGAAGCGGUGAUAAAAUUGGAGCUAUUUUUUUGUCAAGCAGUGAAACAGCGCAAAGAAGGAAAAUAUGAAAAUAGACUGUGUUUCAAAAAACAAAAUUAUAUUACUAAAAAACGUAACAAAAUACAACAAAUUUGUAUUGGAAUGAAAUUCAACUGAAACAUGAUGCAUACAAAAGAACACACAUAGGAGCCUUACAAAAGAAGAAACAGCACUUUCGUUUGAAUUUUAUCUAAAAGCACUGCUUUAUAGAAAUUAAAAAAAUUAAAACAUUAAAACAAAACUGAACAAAAAGAAAAUAACAGGAGGAGAAGAACAAACAACUUUAAAUCAAAUUUAAUCAUCUAGAGAUAUUUGCAUAUCAGAAAACGUCAAAUCAAUUAAUAAUAAACAAAACAAACAAAAAACAAAAUAAAUAAGAAAAUUAGGCAAGUCUCGGAAUCUUUAUGAAAUCCCAACUAAAAAGCAAUCAAGAGAUAUCAAAAUCAAACCAUCGAGAAACAGAAGGAAGCCAAAAUAAAGCAAUUUUAAUGUAUAUUAGUAACAACAGUGGCAUGGCUACCUUGUUACAACAAAAGAACUGUAUGAAAACUCUCACAAAUGGCGGUGGUGUCUCCUCAAAUGCAACCAAUAGCAAUGUAUCAUCAUCAGGCGGAUCCACCGCCAACGGUCCAUCAGGAGGAAUCAACACAAAUGGUGCCAAUACCAUAGUCACACAUCAUCAUAUCCAUAAUCAUCAUUUAGGGAGCGUUGUUAAUGCAACACAACAGACCCGAAUGUUGAGGCCGCACGAAAUGGUUAGUAUACCGAUUGGCAGCAUUGUAUCAACAGUUGGCAGCGGUAACGGCAAUAGCGGCUCAACACAGGGUGCUUUACUCGUCACUGGAUAUCAAACGACAUCUCAUCUUCAUAAUAAUAAUAAUCAUCAUCAUCAUCAUAGUCAGCCAUUGACCGACCUGAGUGUAUUCAGCAACAGUAGUCAACAUAAAAGCAACACAAUGUUUAGCCAUAAUAAUCAGCAGCAACAUUACAAUGUCUCAGCCACAGCAGCAACAACAACAGCAUCAGGAACCACCACACAAACUCGAUACUUCUCACAAUUUAGCAAUAAUCAUCAUCAGCAACAGCAGCAGCAGCAGCAUGAGCUGAACAGCAUUCUCUAUCCAGUAUCGACGACGUCCUCUGGCACAAACACCGUCAAUAGAAUCGUCUCCACAAAUCACCAUUCAGCAUCUUCACCCGCCGCCGCCACUAAUAGGAACUCGAACCUUCAUUCGAAUGCAUACACAAUUGUGAAGCAAGAGCUUCAUCCACCGAACUCUAAUCAGCUUCCUCACCUGCAAAUAAAUCAGCCUGCUAUUAAAACUGAGCCGCAAUUCGAUGAACGGGUCAAUGGUGAUAAGGAGCAGCAAAAUUUAAUACCAAAUGGUAAUCCUUCCACCCCCAACGGAAACGCAACUGAAGAACUUGACGCCGCCGCUGCUCCAACUCCUGCUGUGGUAGAGGAAGCAGAGCCGGAGCCAGAAAUUGAUAUAGUUAUAAACAAUGUUGUGUGCUCCUUUAGUGUGCGAUGCCACUUGAAUUUGCGUGAGAUUGCGUUGCAAGGUUUCAAUGUGGAAUUUCGACGUGAGAACGGUAUGGUUACUAUGAAAUUGAGGCGUCCAUAUACAACGGCUUCAAUCUGGUCAUCGGGACGUAUAACAUGUACUGGUGCUACAUCCGAGGAUCAGGCUAAAAUUGCGGCUCGCCGCUACGCACGUUGCCUUCAGAAAUUGGGAUUUAGGGUACGCUUUAAUAAUUUCCGUGUUGUAAAUGUUUUGGGCACGUGUAGUAUGCCAUUUGCCAUUAAGAUUGUCAACUUCUCGGAAAAAUACAAGAAGGAAGCUAGCUAUGAACCAGAGUUGCAUCCUGGUGUUACAUACAAGUUACGAUACCCUAAGGCCACAUUGAAGAUCUUUUCAACUGGAAGCAUUACUGUCACUGCUGCCAGUGUGGCAAAUGUACAAGCUGCCGUAGAACACAUCUUUCCUCUGGUUUAUGAGUUCCGUAAGAAACGAUCUCCCGAAGAACUGGAAACACUGAGACUUAAACAACUGCAUAACCAAGUUGAACUAGCAGAUGUUGAAGAAACUGUUGUACAUUCCCCGCCUUCUGCAAAAAGAAAACGAAGAAAAGUCGACACCGAUGGUCAGGAAGAAGAUGUCGAUGAUCCAACCAUAACAGACCCCAAUGCCACAGAUGAUAUUAUAAUGGUAUCUGAGUUUGAUGAUCCAGAAGAUUUGAUUGAAGGUCCCGACGAUGAAGAUGAUGAUUUGUAAGAGUUCUAAAUAUCAUUUUCUGCGCCAAUGUGGCUUGCAUUGCAAUUAUCACUACAAAACAAAAGAAAACACCAACCACCAACAAAACUUCCUUACUCUCAAUUUUAUAAUAUUAACAAAUUAUAAAAAAAAAGAUGCAAUUAAAUAUCAAAAUAAACCACAAACAAUAAGACGAUAACAUAACAUCUUACCAGCAAACAAAAUAGAGGGGAAUAUUUGAUUGUUUUUUGCUUUUAUAAUAAUCUUUAAAACAAAAAUAUGUCACAACGACAUAUUGGAACAAGGAACUUAAUAGGGAAUCAACAACUAUUUUCAAUUUUGAGAUAAAUAAUGUAACUGACAUAAACAAAAAGAAAACAAAAACAAAACGUACAUUUAUAUACAUUUAGAGGAUUUUAAUGAUUUUAGCAAGAAAGAAAGAAAACAAAAAAAAAAAACAUAAAAAGCUAUUCGUGCUUUAAAACAACAUAAACAAUGACUUAUGUCUUCAUAUAAAAAUUUCCUGCUAUUUGCCAAAAAUAUAAAACAUAAUUAGAUGGUAGCAUUUCGUUGCUGAUAUCGUGGAGCUACAAAUAUUAACUUUAAGAUUUCGGCGAGCUUUGCUUUUAUAUCAAAAUAAUUUAAAAAAACAAAAAUGAAAACAAAACAAAACAAAAAAAAAAUGAGGAAGAAAGAACGAAAAUAUAUAGAAAAAGAAAACCACCGUCAGAGAUAAAUGAUUUAAUCUUAUAUUAUUUAUAUGAAAUGUUUAAGUUAUCGUUACUAUUAUUAUUAUUAUUAUUUUUCAAUUUAUGUUAUAAUCAAUAACUAACUUUAGUUCUUAUCUGGUCACAUACAAACCAAUAACUUAAUUUUGCUUUUGUUAAUAUUAUUUUUAUUUUCUCUCAUUACAAACAACAAAAAUAAAAAACAAAAAGGUACUAUCAAUAAUGAACAAAAUAAACAAAUACAAACAACUAUCAAAUUCAAACAUUUUUUUCUGCAUUAUGAACAAAAAUAAAAUAAAACAAUGCAAAUCAUCCUAACAGACAAAUAAUAUUUAUGUUUAUAUUGUUCCUCAUGUUUAAUAUUUAAAAUCACAACAAAAAAGAAACAAAACUACCAAAAAAAAAAGGAAAUUUUUAAACAAUAAAAUGGAUUUGAUCAUAUGCAACCAACUACAAAAAUCUCGAAUCAAAAUAAUUUCAUUUUAUGUAAAUAUUUAAAACAAAAUCAAUUUUUUUUAAUUAUACAUUAAAAACUAAAUAAAUAUUUAAAAAAAAAGAAAACAUACAAUAACAACAAAAAAAGAAGAUUUAUUUAUUAUUUUAGUUUAUAUUCAUAAUUUUUAUUUUAAAAUUUAAUAAAAAUUACAAUAAUGUUUAUUAUUAUUACAGAAUCCAUAUUAUAUGAACUAAUAUUAUGUUUUCACUCCAUAUAAAAAAUAAAUAAAAUAAAAUAAAAUAAUAUAGAUAAAUGAUGAUAAUAUUAUUAAUUGUUUUGUAAUGGAAAUAAGAAUACAAAAUGAAAAAUGAAAAAAAAAAAACAGUUACAAAAACAACCACACAACUAUUAAAUAAAACAAAAAUUACGAAUGUUAAGCAACAAAAACAAAGUAACAGUUUAAAAUUUCUUAAGGCUAAGUAAGUUAAUAUGUUAAACUAAAAAAUAAAAACAUUCUCUCAUCCUAAACACAGCAAUAUAUUAUAAAUAAUUGAUACAGCGACAACAACAGCAAACAUAAAACGAGAAAAAUGUUUUAAAAUUUGAUAUCUUUACUCAUUGCUGCGCUCCUCCUCCACCAUAUACAUUAACAUACAUAACAUAGAUACAUACUACUAGUAGAUUGAAAAUAAUAAAUUAAUUUUUUUGUAAUGGGGUAAAUACAUAUAUAAAAUGAUAAAAAAUGAUAUAUUAAUAUUUAUUUAAAAAAAAAAAACAAUAAACAAAGAAUUAAAAUAAUAAAUAGAAAAAGGAAACAUAAGUCAGUCAAUUAUUAUUCUAAUAUUUAAAUUAUUAUUAUUUUUUUUUUAUUUUUACAUUAUUAUUAAUUAUUGCUUAUUUUUUUUGUUUGUUAUUAAAUAAUUUUCCUUUUGCCGCAAAGACUGCAUUAUACCAACAAGAUAAGAAGCAAAAUAAUAGAACAUUUUGUAAUACCUACAAAAAAUAUACCUACAAGCUUAAAAAAAUAAAAAAUUAAAGUUAUAAACAACACAGAAAUGUGUUUUAUAUAAAACAAGAGGAUAUAUUAGUAAAAUUACUAAAUUACUGAACAAAUUUUCUUUCUUGACCAUUAUAAAUACAAUAUUUGUUUUCUUUUGUAAUUUGCAGAAUAUAUGAACUUUAUAGAUUUUCCACAAACAAACAAAAUAACAAAAAAUCUACAGAAAUAGCAUUUUUUUUACAAAUAUAUAAAACAAAAAACAAUAUAAAACAAAAAAUAAACUAAAUGCAGAUUUAAAAACAAGAAUCAGGUUUCGUAAAACAAGAAAACAAAAACAAAAAAAAAACAUUUAUCCAUUAUUGAUUUGGUUAUUAAUUGAAUAUGACAAAACAAAAAAAUAUUCAACAUAAUAUAAAAAAGUUAAUAAAACAAUUAAGAUUAGUGCCUUGUUAUAAAGACGUCUAACAAAACAAAACAAAAAGAAAUCAAACAAACAAUUCUCCCAUAAAAACAAAAAAACCAUACGAACUUUCGUUGAAAUAAAAAUGCUCUUAAUUAUUUUACUUUUAACUAUGCAUAUAUAUUAUAUAUAUAUAAACGCAUAUAUAUAUAAAUAAAAAUAAAUAUAAAUUUAAUUUAAUAUUUUUUUGUAAAAAAAUUGUAUUGAAUCCAAAGAUUAAGAUGAAAAAAAAUGAAAAAAAAAAUGUUUAUAAACUAAAAAAAAAAAAAACGAAAAAAAAUAAGAGAACAAAACAAAAAAAUCAAAAAUGCCUUAAUAAAAAUUACACAAAAGUGUUCUAUACUAUUUAAAUACCUGAAACCACUUAUUUAUUUAUUCUUAUGUUGAUUUCGAAUAAUCAUUCAUAUUUCGAAUAUUGAUUUUGUUGUUGUUGAAGAUAGUGUGUGUGUGUGACAUUGAUUUAGGAAAACUUUUCAUAAAAAUUAGUUCUCCUUGAAAUGAAAAAUCUAUAUUCUUAACUUGGAUGCUUUUGAACCACAAAUUGAAAUUGGCUUUUUUCAUCUUUCUGACUGAUUUUUUUUUCGAUUCUCGUCUCCCUGCUUUUGUUUCUAGUUUCUAUGAUAAAACAUAACUUGAUUGGUUUUCGUCCUCAUUAAAAAACAAGUGUAGGUUCAAAAAAAAGUCUAGAGAGAUCUUAAAUACUUGCUAAAAUUUUCAAUAUGCUGACCCGUUCGUUGAUUGAAGCUUUUUUUAUUUUGUAUCAUAUCCUGAACAGAUUGAAAGAUUCUAUUCUUCCCAGAUUCUAUAUAAAAACGAUCGCUCCUUUUUCAAGCACAAAAGAAAAUGUGUAAUAACGACAAAUGAGAUUCUGUAAUGAGAGUGCAAUCGAAGUGUUCGUUUUUUGAGUUACAUGAAGCGAAUUGUUCGCACAAGCCAUUAUGUUCGGUCGUUUAAACGAGUUUCCCCCUGAAGCCUCAGACGAAUUUCCUACAAUUCAAGAUAGAAAAUUACUACUAUUUUUUAAUAGACACAACUUCAUUCUUUGAACGUACAUUUUGACCAAGGCAGCUAGUUAGUUUUUCAAGUUUCAUGAAUUUGAAAUUCAGAACUUUACUUCAUAAACCUCUACUUUUAAGUUCAUAGUACAAGAACUACCAAACACAUUAUUGUCUAAAAAACACUACUCAGACAAGCUAUACAAGUCGAUUACGACUUGUCUUUUGUAUUGUAAAGAAAUAUUACAUAUUUCUUUUUUAAAUUGACAGAAAACAUUAAAUAGAAUUGUGCAUAAAAUAAAUAUUAUUGAGUAGUAAAGCUCAGCUUUCAUUUGAAUGAAAAAAGCAAGAUCAAAUGUCAUUUUGACAUAAGUUGAAUUGACAGUAAGGGAAAUUUUUCUUGACUAACUUUCCAGAGAACUUUCCAAAAUUGAAAGGCAUGCCUAAAUUGGAAGGCAUUUUUUGGCAGCUGGCCAAUCAGAUAUUAGAAACUUGCCUUACUUUCAAGUCCCUUAUCUCGCCUGAACUGGCCCAAUGUAUUUGGAUAUUGAUGAUGUGAAUUAUACCCACAAUUUUUUAACGAAUGGAAAAUAUUUGGUUCAAGAGAAAUUGGCAACUUUCAAGAAAUAAAAAACCCAAGAAAUUGUUAAUAUCGGAAAAUAUUGUAUGGUUCUACUUACGAAGCAGGCAAUGUGAAAACAAAUUUCAAUAUCAUCUUUGACAUCAUUAUUUUUAAAUGGUACUUCUAUACACAUUUUUUUAACCAUGUUUAGAAUUCAUAUUCCAAAAGGUUUCUUGAGUGGUCACUUCAUAUUCGCUUCGCUUAGGUUAAGUU